AUGACUCAGGAGAAAAAAUGCAUCAACUGUUCUUGGCGUUUCAUCAAUGUGUGUCUUUUGACUGGCACCAUCUUCUUUGGGAUGAGCUAUUUUUUCUUCAUUGAGCUGCCGGACUAUGUCAACAUUGUAGCCCAUGUCAAGAUAAGCAAAAAUUCAGUUUUAAGUUUGAAAAGCAUGUUUUCAUUUAAAGAAACAUUUGUAAACAUUCAGAGCAAGGAUGCCAGUCCUGGGCUCCUGGGACAAACAGCUCUGGGUUCGAACGGACUUGGACAAGAGCGGCAAAGCAUGAGAGAAAAGCCCACGUAUCACAGACCGUAUAAAUUCCUUAUCAAUGAGGAAGACAAAUGUAAAGACAAAAGUCCUUUCCUGGUACUCUUAAUCUGUACUAAAGCAAGUGAAAAAGAGCACAGAGACAGCAUCAGGAAGACUUGGGGAAAUGAAUCUCUAGUAGCCGGAUUUCCAGUGGUUAGAUUGUUUAUGUUAGGUAAUCAUGAUCCAGUCUACACUCCAGGGGUACAGAAUGAGAGCAAGCAAUAUCAUGACAUCAUUCAACAGAACUUUCUGGACACCUACACUAACCUAACCCUUAAAGUCAUAAUGGGCAUGGAAUGGGUUACUACCUACUGUCCGCAUGCCAAAUUUGUUAUGAAAACUGACACAGAUAUGUUUGUCAACACAGAAUACCUGAUCCAAAAGCUUCUAGUGACGAUACCCCCAACACAGCUUUUCUUUACAGGGCGCAUUAUGAGAAAUCACAAACCCAUCAGGAACAAAGACAGCAAAUGGUACAUGCCCGUUGAUAUUUACCCUGAGGAGCGAUACCCAGAUUUCUGCUCAGGGACUGGCUAUGUGUUCUCUGCGUCCAUUGCUGAAAAAGUUCUCAAUGCAUCUUUAAGCAUAAAAUAUUUACAUUUGGAAGAUGUCUAUGUGGGUCUCUGCCUCCAUAGAAACAAAAUUCCUGUGGCUUCCCCUCCAGGAUCUUCACUAUUCAAUACAUAUCAGGUUUCAUUUACUCCUUGUCGCUAUAAUAAUCUAAUCACCUCUCAUCAAAUAUCCCCAAGAUUAUUAAUUACAUUCUGGGAACAGUUGCAAAAGGAUAAAAAAAUGUGCUAG